AAAGCAAGGACAGUUUUUGGCUUAUUGUUUUCUCUCUCGUAUUCGUAGUUAGUUAAGAGAACUUGCUGUUCCGCCUCAAAAAUAAGUUCAGCUUAUCUCUUCUUCCUCGUUGUUCUUUCUGUGAACAAAGGCGGAAAAAAUGUCUGAGGUGGAGGAGGAAAUAAUGCAAGCGGAUGAUAGGAGGGACGAGGAGGAUAGGAGGGAGGGGGAGGAUAGGAAGGAAGAGGUUCCAUCCCCUGCUCCAGCGAAGAAGAAAAGGAAAUUCCUUUUAAUCCUCUUCAUUGCUGUUCUUGUCAUCGGAUUCUCUUUUUAUCACCUUUUUUGGAAUUCCUCCGGCUCGGGCGUCCACUCUUGCCCUGCUUCGUCUUCUAGAUUUCUGGCUAAAAACAUAAGGAAUCAAGGAGAUAUCCUAUCAAUAGGAAAGACAACUUCUUAUAUUCGACUUCUUAGAAAGUCAUUGAAUGCCAAAAGUCGGUAUUUGAAGAAAGGACAAUGUGACCUAUUUUCUGGAGAUUGGAUAUGUGAUCCUUAUGGACCAGUUUACACCAACAAUAGCUGCAAUUUUAUUGAAGCACCCCAGAAUUGCUUGAGGAAUGGUCGACCGGAUACCGACUUUCUGUUCUGGCGAUGGAAACCUAAUGGUUGCGAAUUACUGCCAUUUGAUCCAUUGAAAUUUAUCAAUGCCAUGAGGAAUAAAUCGUGGGCCUUCAUUGGUGAUUCAAUCUUUAGAAACCACAUCCAGUCAAUGCUUUGCCUACUCUCCAAGGUUGAUGAGCCUGUUGAGGUCUAUCAUGACGAGACAUACAAAUCUAGAGCUUGGUACUUUGCCAACCACAACUUAACUAUCUCAGUUAUCUGGUCUCCAUUCUUGGUCAAAUCCAAGAUCUCUGAGGAUGAUCAAGGCAAAGCAAAAGCACAAGUUCAACUGUAUCUCGAUAUUCUCGAACCAAAAUGGACGAGCCAGUACAACAACUAUGACUACAUAAUCUUCUCUGGUGGGCAAUGGUUUCUCAAAACGAUGGUCAUGUGGGAGAACAACUCCAUUGUUGGCUGCCACAACUGCAAUGACAAGAACAUAAAAGAGCUAGGCUAUGAUUAUGCUUACAGAAAAGCUCUUCAGAUGAGCUAUGAUUUCAUGACAUCAUCUGAACAUAAGCCUCUCAUCUUUUUCAGAACGUGGACUCCAGAUCACUUUGAGCAUGGAGAGUGGUUCAGUGGAGGAGUUUGUAACAGAACAAGUCCAUAUGGUGAAGGGCAAUACAAUGGAAAGCCUGUGGACCAUGAUAUGAGAAGUAUUGAGGUGGAGGAGUUUGAGAAGGCAUUAAAGAAAGGAGCUCGUCUAAAACUGCUUGACACUUUCAAUCUGUCUCUGUUGAGGCCAGAUGGGCAUCCUGGCCCUUAUAGGACCUUCCACCCCUUUGCUAAAUCCAAGAAAGCUCAAGUUCAGAAUGACUGUCUUCAUUGGUGCUUGCCUGGGCCUAUUGAUGCAUGGAAUGAAUUGGUCAUGAAGAUGCUAGUUGAUGAAGGUGAUGUUAGCUACAAUUGACAGAUUUUUAUAGAGGAAAAUCUCAAAAUGGUGUUUGGGUUAUUUGCCAAUGCAUAAAAUGGUUCACCACAAAUAAUACAAAAAUCAUUUUGAUUAUUUUCUCAAUUCUUAUAUUAUUCCAUAAAGUCAUCUGUACCAAUCAAAAUGUUCUGGUUUGCCUUUGCUUCCCAUUCAGUUCAAGCAUGGAAAAUUUGCAUAUAUGUAUCCACUAUGUUGUGUUUGUGAUGCUUGUUUUCAAUCUAUAUACAUUUUAGAUAUUAUGUUAUGUAGUUGUAUAUUUUUUAGUUAAAGAAAUAAUAUUUUCUGCUAGCUCUAGUGUGGAGGAAA